AGCACUGAUAGGCGGCACUGGAUAGGUGGCACUAAUGAUGAUGGGUACUGAUAGACGGCACUGACUGGCAUCACUGCUGGGCACUGACUAGCGGCACUGACUGGCACAAUUGCUGGGCACUGACUGGCGGCACUGACUGGCAGCAAUGCUGGGCACUGGUGGUGGCACUGGUGGCACACUGGUGGGUGCACAGGUGGGUGGCACUGGUGGGCACAGGUGGGUGGGCACAGGUGGGUGGCACUGCUGGGCACAGGUAGAGUGGCACAGGUGGGUGCAUUGCUGGGCACAGGUGGGUGCACUGCUGGUCACAGGUGGGUGAUCUGCUGGGCACAGGUGGGCG